GCAAAUAGAGCCCCUUUUUUAUGAAACGGGAGUAAAGUAGUGAACUUAGAGGAGAGAAACAAACUAAAGUAUCGAUCAUAUACCACUACCAACGUCCUGAUCGAUAUCUGCAUCGAUCUGCCCACCCUUGUCUCCUGGAUCGUAGCUGAGAUCAGCGUGAACCACGUGGGUCUCUGCUCCCUGAUCUGUUUCCUGCGUUUGGAAAGAGUUCCGGCUUCAUCGCGGAGUUUCUCUCGGUUUGUGGGCUCAUCUAAAGAUGAAGACCCUCAAGAUGUGACCCUGUGAGGACUCCCCAAAGCUGGUGCUAGGAGCGUAGCGGUCCACCUAAACAAAGGGCUCUUAUACUUAACCAGAUACAGACUGAUCAUCAGGAGGAGACGAGCCAUUUAGACUCAGCUCAGCCACUGCAGAGGAAACAAUGACUUCAACCCAAAAGGACCAACAUGGAGCGAGAAGUCGGCGCUCUCAGGAGGCCGACAAACCUCACAGAAGAAAGGGAGAGAAAAUAUACAGCUGUGAUGAGUGUGGGAAGGGUUUUACCCGGGCUGGAGACUUAAAAAAACACCAACUCAUCCACAGUGGAGUUAAACCCUACAGCUGUGAGUUGUGUGGAAAAUCUUUUACCCAGGCUGGAAACUUAAAAACACACAAAGUCAUCCACAGUGGAGUUAAACCCUACAGCUGCGACUUGUGUGGAAAAUCUUUUGCCCAGGCUGGUAACCUACAAACUCACCAACUUAUCCACAGUGGAGUUAAACCCUACACCUGUGAUGAGUGUGGAAAAUCUUUUACCUUGGCUGGAGACUUAAAAAAACACAAACUCAUCCACAGUGGAGUUAAAGCGUACAGCUGUGACUUGUGUGGAAAAUCUUUUACCCGGGCUGUUAACUUAAAAACACACCAGCUCAUCCACAGUGGAGUUAAAGCGUACACCUGUGACUUGUGUGGAAAAUCUUUUACCCAGGCUGGAACCUUACAAAGACACCAACUUGUCCACAGUGGAGUUAAAGCGUACACCUGUGACUUGUGUGGAAAAUCUUUUACUGCGAGUGGAAGCUUGAAAACACACCAGCUCAUCCACAGUGGAGUUAAAGCAUACAACUGUGACUUGUGUGGAAAAUUUUUUACUCAGGCUGUUAACUUAAAAAAACACCAACUUGUCCACAGUGGAGUUAAACCGUACACCUGUGACUUAUGUGGAAAGUCUUUUACCCAGGCUGGAAGCUUACAAAGACACCAACUCAGCCACAGUUUAGUUAAAGCGUACACCUGUGACUUGUGUGGAAAAUCUUUUACCCUGAGUGAAAGCUUAAAGACACACCAGCUCAACCACAGUGGAGUUAAACCAUACAACUGCGACUUGUGUGAAAAGUCUUUUAUCACUGCUGUUACCUUAAAAAAACACCAACUCAUCCACAGUGGAGUUAAAGCAUACAACUGUGACUUGUGUGGAAAGUCUUUUAAUGCUGCCUCUAACUUAAAAACACACCAAGUUAUCCACAGUGGAGUUAAAGCGUACACCUGUGACUUGUGUGGAAAAUCUUUUACCCUGAGUGGGAGCUUAAAAAAACACCAACUUAUCCACAGUGGAGUUAAAGCGCACACCUGUGAUCAGUGUGGUAAAGCUUUUGCUCGCAGUAGGUACUUACAGCGUCAUCUAGUUACCCACUCUGGAGUGAAACCAUACAGCUGUGACAUUUGUGGAAAAACUUUCAGCGAGCUAUGUAGCCGAAAUACACACCAACGGAUUCACACUGGACAUGAUGUUUACUGCUGUGUUCAGUGUGGCAAACUGUUUACAACAGAUGCACAGUUACAACACCACAUGUUUACCCACACUGAGGAGAGACCUUAUAAAUGUGACCUUUGUGAUAAGACUUUUAAAUCUCCACGUUACCUUAAAGUCCACCAACAGAUCCACACUAGAAAGAAACUCUACAAGUGCAGUUACUGUGAGAAGCAGAGCGACACAGAUGGAUCCAGUUCUCAACCCUGUCGUCACUGUGGUGGUGGGAAAGCGUUUCGCUGUGACCUUUGUGGAAAAACUUUCAAUCAGCAACGAAACCUAAAAAUACAUCAACGUAGACACACUGGAGACAAAAUGAACUACUGUAAAGAAUGUGGGAGAGGCUUCCCCACUCGAACUCAUUUAAAAAUACAUGAACUCAUUCACAGUGGGGUUAGAAAUCACAUCUGUGACCAGUGUGGGUCAUCCUUCACCUCUGCAGGUCAGCUUAAAAUUCAUAAACGAGUCCACACAGGAGAGAAACCAUACAAGUGCAGACACUGUGACAAAAGCUUCUCAGACUCAGGUAAUCGUAACAUUCAUGAACAUACACAUAUGGAAGAGAUCUUCAGUUGUGACCAGUGUCACAAGAGCUUCAGGAAUCUCAAGUCAUACUCCGAUCACAAACGAUCCCACGUUAAUAAUAAACAGUUUCACUGUUACCAAUGUGCAAAAACAUUUACUUCAUUAUCUGCUUUGUGCAAACAUCAGCGUGAUCAUGUAGGAAUGAAAUCAGUUGAUCACAAUGAAUCUGCAGAGGCAGAAAGAUCCUCUUCUGGAUUCGGGGUCAGACUUAAAAACCUUGAGAUCAGGCUCCACAGAGUUCAGAUGGACUCUCCUGUAAAGAGUGUCAGCUGAUGUCACACUUGGAUCUGAGGAGGUGGCUCUGAUUUCUUCACCUGCAGUGAAUAAUCCUGAAUGUUACAUUUAGGAAGCUGCAAGUAUAGAUAUGUACAUCCAGUUCCUUUGCUUUAAUUUUGAUGAAUUUUAUUGCUCUAAAAUGUUAUCCCUGUUACAUUUAAAUACACCCCACCCCCCACCCCCAUCAGGAAACAGUAGUGUUAAGUAGUAGUACCUGUAUUAUAAAGUUAUAGAAAUGUUUUUUAUAUCCAGCUGAUCGAGCAGCUAUCUAUGAAGUUCAGCGUUUUUAUACUUAUGUAUUUUCAUUGUUUUGAGGUCUAUAUUUCUAUUUUACUUUUUGAAAUUCAGUUUAAAGCUGAACUGGGGCUGGGCAAUAUUUCUAUUUAAUACUAAUUUAUUCCACAAGGUGGAGCUUUUUUUGAUCAGCCAACGAACACAUUCAUAUUUACAGUGGUGGCCUGCAGAAGACAAUGCAUCUUUAGAAAAUUGGGGUAAAGCAGCAAAAAACUAUUAGAGGUUAAAGUUUGCAGAUGACUGUUGUUGUUCAUCAUCUCCAGGACAGUGACACCAGUCAUGGCCCAGUGCUCUGGGGUUUUCUUAAAUGCUGUUUAAUUGUUUCUUCUUUGGUUUAGUGUGAUGGCCAUGAGCGAUGUCUCUGUCAGCAAAAAGGCUCUAACACUGACCGUGAUAAAGAUGCUAAAGAGAACCUUUAACCCCCACUGUCGUUUUUUCCUUCCAGCAUUCAG